GCCGCCGCCGCCGAGCGAGGCAGCCGAGCGCGUCGCGGUGGCGGGCGAAUGGGGGAGUCGAUCCCGCUGGGCGCGCCGGUGCCAGUGGAGCAGGCGGUGCUCGAGACCUUCUUCUCCCACUUGGGCAUCUUCUCCUACGACAAGGCCAAGGACAAUGUGGAGAAGGAGCGCGAGGCCAACAAGAGCGCCGGGGCCAGCUGGCUCUCGCUGCUGGCGGGGCUGGCCCACCUGGCCGCGGCCGAGAAGGCCUAUCACAACAUGACCUUCCUGGGUCAGAAACUAGGUGGACAGUCAUUUUUCAGCCGAAAGGACUCCAUACGAACCAUAUACACAUCUCUGCAUAACGAACUGAAAAAGGUGGUGGCAACAGGUCGGAAUGCCAUAGGAGGAACAGCCCCUCACCUAGAAGAACUGCUUUCUCACCUGUCUGAACAGCUCUGUUUUUUUGUUCAGGCACGGAUGGAAAUUGCUGACUUCUAUGAAAAAAUGUACAGUCUCAGUAGCCAGAAGUUUAUCAACUCUGAGGAACUGAUAAACAUCUUGGACUCCAUCCUAAAAAAAUAUAGCUCAAGAUUUCAUCAUCCAAUCCUUAGUCCUCUUGAAAGCAGUUUCCAGUUAGAAGCGGAUGUCCUUACCCAUCUUCUGAAGGCUCAGGCCCAGAUCUCUGAGUGGAAGUUCCUCCCAUCCUUGGUCCAUUUGCACAAUGCUCACACAAAGCUGCAAACGUGGGGGCAGAUUUUUGAGAAGCAACGAGAAACAAAGAAGCACCUGUUCGGUGGUCAGUCUCAAAAGGCUGUACAGCCUCCACACCUCUUCCUGUGGCUCAUGAAACUCAAAAAUAUCCUUCUUGCCAAAUUUAGCUUUUAUUUUCAUGAGGCGCUUAGUCGGCAAACAACGCCAUCUGAAAUGAAAACUUUGACUGCAAAAGCCAAUCCUGAUUAUUUUGGGAAAAUCUCCAGCUUCAUCAGGAAAUAUGAUGCUGUUAAUGUUUCUUUAAUCUUUGACAACCGUGGGUCAGAGAGCUUUCAGGGGCAUGGCUAUCAUCAUCCCCAUUCCUACAGGGAGGCCCCAAAGGGUGUAGACCAGUAUCCAGCGGUGGUAUCCCUACCCAAUGACAGGCCUGUUAUGCAUUGGCCCAAUGUCAUUAUGAUUAUGACUGACAGAGCUUCUGACCUCAACAGCUUGGAAAAGGUCGUCCAUUUCUAUGAUGACAAAGUUCAAAGCACAUAUUUUUUGACUCGUCCUGAACCUCAUUUUACCAUCGUAGUUAUUUUUGAAUCCAAGAAGUCUGAGAGAGACUCUCAUUUUACCUCUUUUCUCAAUGAAACUUCAUAUUCCCUUAAAAACCCUAAAGCUUUUGCAACCCUGAAGCCUGGAUCCAAAGGAUAAGAGCACCGGCUGUUAAAACAACGUAUUGUACUGCAACAAAACAAGCUCUAGCCUUCCAUAAAUAUCCAUAUUGACAUUUUUAAAAAAAAUAAUAAUAACUAUUUUAAUAUUAAGUAUUUAAUGUUGAAUAUUAAUAUUUAAUAUCAAGCAUUUUCAGAAUGAAUGGGAGGGGAACAUAAAAGCUACACAAAUGUGCACUAUAGGUAUGAGGAUGGUGUUUGCUCAACUGCUGUAUUAAUUAUUUUUUUAAGUCUAUAACACUUUGUUGCCCUACCUAAAUGGAAUAUAUGCACUUUAUAUUUUGCUGGUCAUUCAUUUUGCAUCUGUUGGAAACUUGGUUUGAAACAAAUAUGGAGUGGAUUUCCCCCCGAGAACCUAUUUCUUCUACUAUUAAAGUACUCUUCAGUCAUAUUCACUGGAAAGCGUUGGGAGCAAAUAAUUGCAAUAAAUUAAAUGCAUUUUGGAAAAAGUA